AUGCCGACCUUCUGUACCUUAUGGCGCGCUGGUCACAUUCUUCAAAUAAAUGAAUCAAUAGCCUUGCAAAAUACGCGACUAGGGUGGAUCGUGAUAACGAAUGUAAAUACGGGGAAUCCACAAAUUGUCAAAUGCCACACUGCUCAGUUAGAAAAAUUUUGGCUCAUUGAGCAAACACUAAAGGGAAAACCCAGGUCCCUCGAAGAAGAAGCUUGCGAAAACCAUUACAAAAACAAUACACAUCGGAAUCAAUCAGGUAGAUACAUAGUGAGAUUGCCAUUCAAGGAUAAUGCAAACCAAUUAGGAAGUUCGUACAUCAAAGCGUUGAAGAGAUUCCAUGCGCUGGAACGAUCAUUGGCGCGAAAGCCGGAUACGCGUAAGGAAUAUGCAGAGUUCAUUUCUGAGUAUGAAAGAUUAGGUCACAUGGAAAGGGUCGAUUCACCAUAUCGUACAGACGACUACUAUUUGCCACACCACGCCGUAACAAAACAAUCAAGUGUUACCACCAAACUUAGAGUAGUUUUCGAUGCAUCCGUGAAAUCCAGCAGCGGUUUAUUGUUAAACGACACAUUAAUGGUCGGUCCCAACAUUCAGGAGGAUCUAUUCUCCAUCUUAUUGAGAUUUCGAUCACACGCUAUCACGCUCACGGUUGAUAUAGCAAAAAUGUACCGUUAA